AAGGUCGGUGCAGAGAGAGAAGCAGAGCGGAACACGGCUACGAAGAAGAAACCUUCAACAACCAAUUUAACCCUAGCCCCACCUCUCCCCUCCCCAUAUAUAUAUAAUUCAUUAUACGUUUCAUCAUCUCCAUACCAUUUUUCUCUCCGUUUCCUAGCCUUAAAGGUAGUACUUUUCCUUUGGGUAUAUCGGAAUCCCAGCCUGUUUCUUUAUUAUCAACGAAAUAGAUCACCCAAAGAAACUCGUUCUUUCCGUUGUCUUUGUGAAUGGUGGAAAUCUUAAGCAGUAGUAGUUACAUGCUCUCCCUUUCCCAAUCAAGGGCGGGCUUUGUCUCUGCUGCCUCUGCUUUCGCUUUCGGAUCUUGCAAGGAAGGCUGGUACUACCGCUGCCUCGGCGUCGACCCCUGAAUUCUUCAAUCUCUAUCGAAUUUCAUUGUUUUACGGAUUUUUUUUUGGAAAAUUUUUAAAAAGUAAGACACCCAAUUCUCUGUUUUUAACGAUUGUUCGAUCUCCAUUGAGAUAUUCAUCUUUUAUUUGUUUCUUUUUUCGAUUUGCUUGAAAAAACAAAAGGGUUUUCUUUAGAUUUGUUAUUUCGAAAGGGAAAACAAUGUUGCUUUACAAGACGAAGAAGAAUCAGCCCGCUAAGGGCAACAGGCUCUUGAUUAGUGUGACAGUGUUGGGGAGCGCUGGGCCGAUCCGGUUUGUGGUGAAUGAGGAGGAACUGGUCGCUAAUGUUAUUGAUACUGCGCUUAAGUCUUAUGCUCGCGAGGGUCGGCUUCCGAUUCUUAGCUCUGAUCUCAACGAUUUCUUCCUUUAUUGUCCCAAUGCUGGGUCAGGUGCUCUGAGCCCAUGGGAAACAAUUGGAUCAGUGGGGUGUCGCAAUUUUAUGCUAUGCAAGAAGCCGCAGCCGGUGAAGGUGGAUACUGAUGAUGCAAAAACUUCAGCAAUUCCUACUCAAAAGGGGAGCGGGAGUUGGAAGUCAUGGAUUAACAAAUCCCGCAAUCUUAAGAUAUCUUCUCAUUAAUUGAGUUUCAAGUAACGGAAGAUGUCAUCUCAUUAUCAAAUUUCCUAUUAAUGGAAUUUGUUCUAUGCUACUUCGUUUUUUCUAAUUUCAUUUAAUUGCCAAGAUGUUUCCUUGGCUACUAUCAAAUUGCUGUUGUGGUUUGUGUCAGAAACCUGAAGAGUUGUAUUUUCAGGGAAUAAAAUUUGUGUUCUGCGAGGUUCUGUUCUUGAAUAAAAUAGACAUAUUUGUCAAA